UCAUUUGUGAGAGGAGAACGAGACGUCGCGAACGCAUCUUGUGGAUGAGAGGCUGGGAUAGGCAAAAACAGUCGAGUCAGUUCAGUCGGGAUUCAAGUUAAAACCCAAACAAAUUCGGCCAUAAUAUUCACGAGAGGCACCUCGGCGGACUGCAAAAUUCACCACUUCUCGGGCUCUGCAUCGCCGCGUGAUUCGAGUUGCAGGCCAGGUGCGUUGGCGGAACAGCAGCCGAAAGAAAGACGCCGACGAGAGUGACAUGUUUAUGUUGUGACCCGUAAAUAAUAAGAGACUGCUUUGCUGUCCGAUUCGUCAUGUCCAACAGACAGGCCCAAACCUACAAAGUGGUGGUCGUCGGUGGCGGCGGCGUCGGCAAAUCGGCCAUCACCAUCCAGUUCAUUCAGAGCUAUUUUGUGACUGAUUACGACCCCACCAUUGAAGACUCGUACGUCAAGCAGUGUGUCAUUGAUGAUGUUCCGGCAAAGCUUGAUAUUCUGGACACUGCCGGACAGGAGGAGUUCUCGGCCAUGCGAGAGCAGUACAUGCGUUCCGGAGAGGGUUUCCUUCUCGUCUUUGCUGUCACCGACAGAAACAGCUUUGACGAAAUCUACAAGUUCCACCGGCAGAUCUUGAGGGUCAAAGACCGGGACGAGUUCCCUAUGCUGCUGGUUGGGAACAAGGCUGACCUCGACAGGCAAAGAGUAAUUUCUCAAGCAGAUGCUGCUGCCCUGUCGAGACAGUUGAAAAUUCCGUACAUCGAGUGCAGCGCUAAACUGCGAAUGAACGUGGACCAGUCCUUCUUUGAGCUGGUUCGCCUCAUCAGGAAAUUCCAAGAGUCGGAACGACCCCUUGUCAAGCAAUCACUACGAAACAAGAAGAGGGGCUGUGUUGUUUUGUAAUUUACAGUUGUCUUUGGAGAAAAGUGCCUUUAACACAAACUAAUCAAACUAUUUCAUAGAUUUAAACACUUGUCUUGUAAGAGUGUCAUUUCCACGCAUUGAAAGGAUUUUGCUUGCUAUUUUUAUUUGGCGCUCUUCCCUCAAAUUGUUUCCACCAGUUUUUUUUUAAGCAAAAAUGCCAAAUUGAGAGUUAAUCUCAGAUUUAUGUACUAUUUAUGCAAAAUGACUUCAUGUGAUAGAUCUUUUUGACAGGAGUGCUUGCAUGUGAAAUACGCCAUUGUUUUUAAUUUUAACCGGAUGUGACACGCACAAGUUUCAUUUACGUCAAAGUGCUUCCUUGUUUAUUGACAGAUUUUUAGCUAGUGAUUUCUUCAUAGUGUUUAAACUCUCCUGCUUGUUAGGAAAAUGUUUGUUGUCUGAAUAAUUUUGGUUCCUACAUCUCUGAUGAUAAAAACAAGCAGAGGAGUUUUUCCUCUAAAUGCCUUGAAAACUUAAAACUGCCAGUAACCAUCCUGAUAAAAUUUAGAUUUUUAUAUUAUUUUCAUCAAACUGAUGCAAAUCAAGUAAUUAGAAAUUAUUAAAAUGAAUCAACUUUUAAUUCUGAUCAUUGAAAAUGCAAUUUGCAUGGAAAAUCAUAGCUUUUAACGAUCAUAAAUAGUGAAAAUUGUUAGUCAACUGCAAGGAAAAGUGGGAAAAAGUUCUUUUGUAUUCUAAUGUACUAUUUUCAAAUUAUCCUUUUCAAUUAAUGAACCACAAUGAGUGUCACAAUUGGCAAGCUAUAACUCAGUGCCUUAAAUAUAUCUUGAUCUAGAACUUAA